GCAAAACAAUCAUGGAGUGAAGUGAUUUCCGUCAGAAAUGGUGUUGAUCGGUGCAGGCUGUCUUCUACCAGGUUUGUCCCCCCUCCUCUGAGCUUUCAAGGCCCAAAAAUCAGCUGUGAUGAGGCGUUCAAAGAUAAGAGGGCUGCUAUAGGAAUUAUUCUGUGGGAUACAAAUGAUUGUAUGGUGGACGGCAUUGGAAAGAAAAUCCCUGCUGUUUCAAGUCUUUUUUGCAGAGGCGGCAGCAGUAAGAGAAACCUGUUUACUUGCUCAUGCAUCUCACCUCCAGAUUUGCACAGUGGGCCAGUUGUCCUCCGUUAG